AUGUCAUUAUCUUCAUCUUCUUCUCCGCUACCAAGCGAAUCGGAGGAGGAGUUGCAGCACAUGCCAUUGGCGCCGGUGGCGUGGAACAAUAGGAGGAGGCUAUCGAAGCAGCUAUCGAUGUGCGAGAAGCCGAGAGAUAUGGCUUGGGAGAGAAGGAGGAGACAAGAAAUAAGGAGGAGUAUUGUUCAAGAUUGUGUUUGUGAUGAUAUAACUGAUGAUGAUUUGCAUGAACUUAAAGGAUGCAUUGAACUUGGGUUUGGAUUCAAUGAAGAAGAUGGUCAGAGAUUGUGUAAUACAUUGCCUGCCCUUGAUCUUUAUUUUGCUGUUAAUAGAGGUUUGUCACCAAGCCCUGUUUCUACACCUCAAAGUCGUGCUUCAUCCCUUGGGGCUCGUUCUUCUUCCUUUGGAAGCCCUAGAAGUGAUGCUGACUCAUGGAAGAUUUGUAGCCCAGGGGAUGAUCCUGAAUUGGUGAAGACCAAAUUAAGACAUUGGGCUCAAGCUGUUGCAUGUUCCGUGAUGCAGUCUUCUGGAAGUGGAAGUUGA